CUCCAAGGGUUUGAUUUUUUUGCGAAUUUUGCAACUAACUUGUUCAGAAAAAAUUACUGGACGAACGCGCAGCAGCACGGGAACAGUCUAUUGCAUCAGAUCCUGCAGCUCCAGUACCAGCUGUAGACGAUACAGCUUGGUUUGACACCGAAGAUGGUCCGGUUUCUCCUGAUACAGUUGCUCCGUUAAACUCGCACUCAUCAUCGGCUGAGGAAGAGCGCUUGAAUGCCAUCAUUCAGAGCAAAGUCCAAAGACAUGUUGCUGGAUCUGCUGCUAGAAAGCAUGCGUAUCGGAGUAAGAAACAACAGGAGCUUUCACAGCGGCCACAUUCACAAACGCAGCAUCAAGCUGUUCCAGAAGCUGUAAACCAAUCGUCAUUGGCUGCACACGAUUUGCCUACCUCUUCUCACGCCUUCCCCGAAACUGAUGGAGUUUUGUCUUUCGACUCUCCCUAUUUAGAAGAUAGUUUUGUAGAUGAAUCAUCCAUAGAUUUUACCGAUAAAAAGCCCUCCGAUACCCAAGAACAGAACCAUGUACUGCCUGAUUUCUCCAGUCUUCACUAUGACCCGAUUAGCAAUCCUAUCGACGAGGAUCACAGUGGCGAUCUAGAUUUUGGUCUGUUUGACGACUUUGAGGGUAAUUAAUA